CGAGAUAAAGCACACGAGUUUAAUAUAGUGUAUUGGAUCUGCCAGGCACAAGUUUCCUAAUCCCAAGAACAUUCAAUAUAUAUCAUAUUAAAUGCCCGCUUUGAAAGUCCGUGCAGAGAAAAAUAGAGAACCUAUUUUCCAAAAGAUUAAGGGAGGAGAAAUAAUUAAAACAAAAAGGGGGCCACAAAAUAAUGUUCUGCAGAAGAGAAAGAAAAGGGAAAUGGGGAAGAAAAAGAAAACAACAGAAAAAUAUCAGUCUAUUUAUCUCCUUGUGGACGUGGCUGAGGCUGUGGCUGCGGUGGUGCUGGACGAGACACUGGUAGGGACGAUGAUGAAGUUAUCAAAGUAGUAGGACGAUGAUCACUUGGUUCCAUGCGCUGAGGCUGACCUGCCCUCCGAGCGUGAAUGGGCCCACUUGGCUUGGGGCCUCAAAGCCUCCGUCUGCGAAAAUGGAGCCCGAGGUGGAGAAUGGACAGAACGCGCUUGAUGUCGAGCUGCUACUGGUGGAGGCCGACGCCGAGGCGCUGGGCGUCGUGACUGCUGAGGUCAGGGGAUUGGUAGGAAUGGGCAACGUUGGUAGUGAGGUCACGCCGUUGGUGGUAAGGGAUCCGCCCGACGUCGUCGAGAUGAUACCAUAGACAAGAGCAAUCGUAAAGGUCACAGUGUACGGCUGGACGGUGGUUCCAUCGUCAGCAUCGAUGGUGACCGUGACUAUGCCGGGGGUGAUGACACUGGGUGCUGUUCCAUCGAGGGUCUGGGCGUCAGUGUCUACGGAAUCCUCAAGCCAGGUCGUGCUUGGGUCAAAAUCAACAGAUGUGAUGAUGUCUCCGAGAUUGUUCAGGUAGGGGCUCAGGUCGAUGAAGAAUGGAAGGCCGGCGGUGAUGGUUGGCUGGGGCGGAAGAGUGAUGCUCGAGGUGGAGGAAGCUGUCGUCGUGGAGGCUAUAGAGCUGAGUG